AUGGCGUCCCUUUUUCCUUUGGCCUGCUUACUAAUUGGGUGCUUUUCUGUUUCUUUAGCAGAAGUAUUGAAUUUCUCAGAUCUGUAUCCUCCUCUAUGGAAAGAGAGUCCUGGUCAGUUCAGUGACUAUAAGAUGAAGAAUGGAAAGUACUUGAUUAAUCCCUGGGUAUAUCCUGAGAGAAUGGGGAUGUAUAAAAUUCUACUGAUCCAGACAGCCCGUUAUUUUGAAAAAUUUGCACCAGAAAAUGAACAAAAUUCAUUAUGGGGAUUGCCUCUGCAACAUGGCUGGCAAUAUUCUACAGGCAGAUUAGCUGAUCCCACCAAGAGGACAGACUGUGGCUAUGAAUCUGGAGAUCGUUUGUGCAUCUCUGUGGACAGUUGGUGGGCUGACCUAAAUUACUUUCUCUGUGCGUUGCCCUUCCUUGCUGCAGUUGAUUCUGGCAUAAUGGGGAUAUCAUCAGACCAAGUCACACUUUUGCUACCACCCAAGGAUCAGACAAAGUUUUGCUCCAGUGUUUCUACUUGUCAGUUAGCCUUCCCUAAGAUAAUGAAAAAGUGGAAUGCCUUCUACCAGAAAUUGAAGUUACCUUCUAGUAGCUUUGAAGACUUGUUAAAGUACUUAUGGGAUGCACAUACCGUAACCUUGGAAGGCACUCAGAAAUCAUUUGAAAAAAGGUUUGAAUAUUAUUCUAAACCAGAAGUAGAUUUCGGAAAAAGUUGGAGUGCAACUGUGAAAUAUCUAGCUGCAUCCCUGUUUCCUACAACCCUGGUUAGAAUCCAUGAAUUCCAGAAGGGUCUACCACCUCGACUGCUGGUGGAUGGGGAUAAAGCCCCCUUCAUCAGCGACUUUACAAAACUUCAGAAUGAAGUCCUUCUUGGUCUCAAUCUUAUUCGUGAUGUGGAUAAUGCUAUAGGGUCGUUCUCUUUGACUGCAUGGAAAAUUUUAAUGAAGACAGAAGGUGCAAGAAAGCUAUUCCUAGGGCUUUUAGAGACAUUUAUUGAAGUCUCUAAACUAACAUCUCUGGGACAAUGA